GUGACCAUGCGCUACUGCAUCAUAGGGGCAGGUAUGGCCGGAAUAGCUGCGGCACGCCGUGUACUAGAGAUAGGUGGUGAAGUGACACUGUUCGAGCGGAUGGACCAGAUUGGGGGUACAUGGAUUUACACCGAUGAGGUCGGAACGGACCGACAUGGACUUCCCAUCCAUACCAGCAUGUAUCGGGGGUUGAGAACCAACCUGCCCAAGGAGGUGAUGGGCUAUCCCGAUUUUUCGAUACCGGAUGAGCCGGACUCGUAUAUUGGUUCGGAGCGUAUCCUCGCUUUUCUACGCUCGUACGCCGAUCGUUUCAACAUCAAAAAGCACAUUAAGUUUGAACACCUUGUGCUCGCGGUGAGUCCUUCGGCUGACGAUCGUUGGACGGUGGAGGUGGAGGAUCUCGUCAUGCAUCAGCGACAGCUGUACAGCUUCGAUUUUCUGUUCAUCUGUAACGGUCACUAUCACACGCCAAACCUGCCAUCAAUCGAAGGGCAGGAACACUUUGCCGGUGCACAACUGCACAGUCAUGACUAUCGUUGUGCGGACCAUUACAAAGACAAAGCGGUUCUCGUGAUUGGCGCCGGGCCUUCCGGGAUGGAUAUAGCGCUCGAGCUUGCGAAAAAGGCAAACCGUGUUACAAUCAGCCAUCAUAUGGAGCCCCUGACAUUUCCCUUCCCUCCGAACCUAACGCAACAGUCUGAUGUGGCCUGUCUUACGGAAGCUGGUGCUCGGUUCACCAACGGCCACAACGAAACGUUUGACGUGGUGUUGUACUGCACCGGUUUUCGGUAUAAUUUUCCAUUCCUAAGCCCCAGCUGUGGCGUAUCUGUCGAGGAUAACCAUGUCCAGCCACUGUACAAGCAUUGUAUCAACAUUAACCGCCCGACGAUGGCCUUCAUCGGCCUUCCGUUUUAUGUGUGCGCCGCUCAGAUGAUGGAUCUGCAGGUUCGGUUUUGUUUGAAAUAUUUUACCGGCAGCCGGCACCUGCCCACGGGUAAGGAUAUGCUGGACGAUAUGCGACGGGAAAUGGAGGAUCGAUGGCGGCGUGGUUACCGGAAGCGGCACGCACACAUGAUGGGCCCCGAACAGGGUCAAUACUACGCCGAUCUUGCCAGAACAGCUGAUAUUGAACCGAUCGCACCGGUAAUGACGAAACUGCACAACGAGAGCAGCCAACGUUUUGUAGACGAUUUAAUUCACUUUCGUGGGGACGUUUUUCGUAUUAUAGACGAUGAACACUUUGAGUACGUCAAGGGUUAG